AAUGUAGCUCAUUUAUGAGCUAACACCAACCAAGUGUUCAGACUGACUUCUUAAUUUCACGUUGCUUCUUCCAGAAGUGUUUUCAUGUUGUAAUGACUUAUAAAACAAGGUUUCUAUGGUGACGGCUCUCCGCAAGCUCUCAGGAUUGGCUAGACAGCUGCUUCCUUAUUUGACUGGGCAGUAGAGGAAGUCAGCAUGCUUUCCUCCAAACCCAGCAGGGCCAGGUGCCUUCGGGAAUGGUCACAAGGCUUGUGCCACUGUAGCUGAGGACCUCCUGGCUCAGCCCGACUGGGACAUCCCCACUACUUACCCCUGCUCAGCUUCUCAUUGGAUGCAAUCCUUUCCUCACUAGGGAUGACCUCUGAGCUCUGCAGGAUAAUGCUUCCAGAUGAUGCCAACGUUGCAGGCAAUGUUCACGGAGGGACGAUUUUGAAAAUGAUUGAAGAAGCUGGGGCUAUCAUUAGUACCCGACACUGUAACAGCAAGCAUAGAGAGAGCUGUGUGGCUGCCUUGGCCAGGGUGGAACGCACGGAUUUCCUGUCCCCCAUGAACAUUGGAGAAGUGGCUCAUGUCAGUGCUGAGAUUACUUACACUUCAAAGCACUCAGUGGAAGUCCAGGUCACUGUCACUUCGGAAAACAUCAUCACAGGUGUGAAGAAGGUGACCAACAAGGCGACGCUCUGGUACGUGCCUCUCUCGCUGUCAAACGUGGAGAGAGUGCUCGAGGUCCCUCCUCUGGUGUACGUCCGGAAGGACCAGGAAGUGGAAGGCAGAAAGAGAUAUGAAGCCCAAAAGCUGGAACGCAUGGAAACCACCUGGAAGACCUCGGAUACCAUCCAGCCUGUUCUUAACACAGAUAGGCAGACUAAAGAGCCCUAUACCAUCGGCUACAGCCAGUCCAGUUUGAUCCAUCUUCUGGGACCGUCUGAUUGUUCUCUACAAGGCUUUGUGCAUGGAGGCGUCACCAUGAAGCUAAUGGAUGAAGUCGCUGGGAUUGUGGCUGCUCGCCAUUGUAAGACCAACAUUGUUACAGCUUCGGUGGAUGCCAUUAACUUUCACAAGAAGAUCAAAAAAGGGUGUGUCAUCACCAUUUCUGGACGCCUGACCUUCACGAGCAAUAAGUCCAUGGAGAUUGAAGUCUUGGUGGAUGCAGACCCCAUCGUGGAUCACUCCGCAGAGAGGUUCCGGGCUGCCAGUGCCUUCUUCACGUACGUGUCCCUGAGCAAAGACGGGAAGACGCUCCCUGUGCCUCCGCUGCUGGUAGAGACUGAAGAGGAGAAAAAGCGUUUUGAAGAAGGAAAAGCCAGAUACCUGCAGAUGAAGGCCAAGCGACAGGCCCAGUUGGAUGCCAUCCCUCAUUAGCGACCUUCUCCCUGAGCUUCAAAAACCCAGGGAAGAUGCAGCUGGGAAGGAAUUUGUUUGUUCACUUAGAAGUAACUCACUUGGCCAAAAAAUCCAAUUCCCAUUGAAAACUGGUGUUCUGUGAAGUACUUGUAAUGCGGUGUUAACCUACAGUAUAUUCUGACAAUGUAUACACCAAAGCUUCUUUACAUUACUCCAGUAUAACUGCUAUAUGGUAUUAUUCCAAACUGUCUCAAGUCAUUCCAUUGAAAAACUUCUGUGCACAUUGUAAGUUAUAUAAAGAAUACAAUGAUGUUAAUGAAGUAAUUAUUUGGUUGGAGCUAA